UCUCGUCAUACUAACUGGGUCUGUUCUAACAAUGGAACGAUGUGCAAAAUGAAUCGAUGAGUUGCGUUGUCUGCCUUGGGACUACCGAAAGACGAUGUUUGGAAGAUUUCCCAAAAGUGAAUAUCUCGAGUGCGUAAGACAUGCGUCUAAUUACACUGCUUGUGGCAACAUGGUGUUCCAUCCUUCCAUUGUGCGCCUAUGCUGGUAAGCCGGACUGCGCGGGCUUUCCUCAAGGCUGUGUGCCCGUGAAAGGGGAUGUUGACGAGUGCGCUUUGGAUCCCGACAUCUGUGGCGAUCAGUUGGCCAUCUGUACGAACAUGCGCCGAGGCUUCCACUGCGAAUGCCCGGACGGUUACUUACCUUCACCUGGCAUAAACUGGAAAAUCAACGUCACCGUCUGUGCAGCAUUGGAUUCUAUAUUGCCCACCAAGAAAAAUAAGCGCUUCAGAGUGGAUAAGGUGCUGGAGAUGGUCAGAAACAUGACUAGCGGUGGAUUACCUCUGAAGACCGUCUCCCUGCUGCUGGACGAGCUGGCCGAUGACGAGCGCGAGCGUCCAGUAAAGCACAGGCACGAGGUGCUGCUGUCCAAGAACAAGCUGGUGUCCAAACUGGUGGAGCGCACCUCCACCCGCGCCUCCAGGAACUUCUCCACCAAGACCACAGAGGGGGAGAUCCUGAGCAUCGGACCGAACGCCUCUCUCACUGGCUUUCCCCAGCUGAGGAUUCCGUCUGCCGACGUCUAUCUGGACAUUGACCUGGAGAGCGUUGCCCACAAGAACAACGGAUCAGCAUCGGUGGCCCUUGUUGCCUAUAGCGACAUGCAGGACAUUUUGGAGGUGGACCUGUUCUCCACUGCGGAGAACACCACGAAGGCCAUCAUCUCUAAAGUGGUGUCGGCCACUCUAGAGGACGUCGCCAACACAGAGCUCUCCAACUUAGUCAACUUCACUCUCAGGCAUAUUAACAUGUCCAACAUAAUGGGUAAGCUGCACUGUGUGUACUGGAACGAGAGUGCCUGGAUCGAGGACGGCUGCACCGUGAGCAAAACCAACAGGACCCACACGGUGUGCACCUGCGUGCACCUGUCCACCUUCUCCCUGAUCAUGCAGACGGAUGACAGAGCCCAGGACCCUGCCUUGAGGCUGCUGAGCAUCCUGCUGGAGACGCUGGGGCUGCUGAUCCUCACGCUGGCCGUGGUGACCUUUGCCCUCUGCAGGAAGAACCCACAGGUGAGCUGCCCGCCACGCCUUCACCUGUCGGCCUGCCUGCUGCUGGCACACGCCUUCUUCCUGGUCGUCCAGACCAACCACCGCAUGCAGGAGGUGCCGUGCGGGGUGCUCUCGGUCUUUGUGCAUUACUUCUACUUGUGCUGCUUCCUCUGGACGUCCAUAGAGGCUGCAGUACUGCUCCUGACCGCCAGGAGGCUGGACCUGGUCACCCCAGACACACAGCAGCUGGCCUCCUGGAAGUACAUGUACGUGAUUGGCUAUGGAGUACCCCUCGUCAUCGUGGGCAUGUCCGUCGGAAUGAAGCCUGAUGGAUAUGGGAGCCAGCAAUGCUGGUUGAGCCUAACAGACGGGUUCAUAUGGAGCUUCCUAGGACCUCUGUUUGCCCUCCUCGCAGUGAAUACUUUGCUCUUCACUGCCAUUUUCAUCAUCCUGCAGCUGUCAGACUGUGUCAUGUCGGAAGUCAGAUAUGUCAGAGGCCUGGCGUGGAGAGCCCUGUUCCAGAGCUUCAUGCUGGGUCUGCCCUGGCUGCUUGGCCUUUCUGCGCCUGGCAACAGAAGCCUGGAGGUCCUGGUCAUUCUCCUCCACUCCCAGCAGGCGUUUGGCCUCUUCCUGGUCCACUGUGUCUUCAACACGGAGGUGAGGAAGCAAUACAGCAAGUGGUGUCAGAAGUUCAGGCCCUCCGAUGAUGAGCCAGGUUUCUAUGGCAUUGCCAUGGAUACAGAGCAGGAUGCUUCAGGCAGGCGACAGAGGCGGUUUGCCCUCUCUGGUGAGCGAUGA